GGUCGGCAUGGUCGAUUUUUGAAUCACGGGCAGGCACCUUCAUCGUCUUCUCUAGUGGUUGUCGACAUAUGAAGGUCCAGCGGCCCUAUCCACCGGGAUGCCAGAAGAUACUUCUGCAGUAGCCACGUGGAAGGGCGCCUGCCUGCGAUGCAAUUGAUGGCAGACAUGCACAGGAGAUCGCCUCUGCUGGUGCUCGCUGUGGUCGUCUUCCUGUUUGUCGUUUUCCUCCACGUGUGUUUGUCAUGCCGGCCGUGGAAGCAACGUCGCAAGCGAACGGCGUCAACGAAACGGCAGGCAGGGGAACGUCCGAUGGCGGGCAUGCAGGCACGCACGGUUCUGGCUGCAGGUCAGGGCGGAAAACGACCUGCGACGACGGAGCCUCGAUGGCGGUACGACCCGUCCAUGUACACCCAUCUAGAGUCGUGGGAGACGCCACUGCCCCAGUCAGAUGAGGAGCCGGAGACGAAAGAACUUCCAACGUUGCCUCUCGCCAGCGGGUCGACGCAGUUGUUGUCGCAGACGGUGCGAGCAGGCGGGUCGGCUAGCAACGAAGGCGGCGAGUUCACCUCACUCCUGCACCAAUGCCUGGGAGACGACGACGACAGAGGCCUUGAUCUCAUGUUCGGGUUGUGUUAUGGCGGCGCUAGGGAGGCGAGCCGUACGUUCAUCAUCGACGCCGAUCCUUCGCCACGUGGCCUUCAACGUGCUGGAAGUGAGCAUAUAAAGCAGUCCACACUUCGUGGCGGUGUGUCCAUUACUGGCGGUGUCGGGCCUUCGGCAGCAGCCCGACAGCAUGGAUCGACUGCACCGUCCGCCGGUCGAUUGACAAGUACGUGGCCCUCGCGCACUAGAGUCGCAUCCGGGUCCCUGCGCAUCGGCGAUGCACGUCCUUCGAUGCCCAACCGCACAACGCCGGCCCAACCCGAAUUGAGGGACGAGGGCGCCCGCACACCACCGGUGCAUCCAGGACCCACUGUGGAGAACAUCACACGAGGAGUGUCAAACAUGCGGGUACACAGCGAUGGCGACGACGACGAUGGCGGUAGCGGUGACGAUGCAGACGAAGGAUUGAGGGAGGACGUGGAAACAUGGGACGACGACGACGACAUUCCUAUUCAGCCUUUGGGGAAGACGGGUGGGAGGUGGAAAGGACGCAACAGAGGUGCUGUUCGUGGUCGAUCUGUUGGCCGUGACGACAGAGGUGGCGUCAGCGACAACGCCUGGAAGUCUGUGACGUUCUGGGUGCAGCUGCCCCGACGAGGAGCGGUUGGUAGGGAGUCUAUUGGUAGUGAGGCCGGUGGUGACGGCUGCCCUGAAGAACGUUCUUCUGCGAGGGACUCCGACAACAACGCACGCAGUGGGGCUGGAGGCGGGAAGCGGAAGAAUGCGCGUAAACAGGCGUUGGAGUUGAUCGUUGAUGUUAUGGACCGCCAUGGUGAACUGAUGUCGGCGACGAUCGAUUCGUCUAGCAAGCGGCAAUGCAGCAUAUUCACGAGGCAAUGCGAUAUACUCGAGCAGGAAGUUGCAGUCCAAAAAGCGCACUAUGCGGUGUCGGAUGAGACGCAGAGGAUGAUGUGCCACGCGCUUAUGGAGAUCGCUGCCGCCGACCGUGGUCGGUCGCCGAUAGGUCCCGACAAAGCAUGUCUACAUGAGGGACUGCCCAUGGUAAGAAGUGCAACGACGUCCCUGACGACAGCCCAGGGCAAGGAAGAGGUCGGCGGCAUGUCCCGAAGGCGAAGAGGGCGUGUGUCACGGUAUGUGGAUGAUGCGCCAGCAAGCGUGCCUCCUCGUCGAGCGCAAGGUUGGGCGGCAGCAGCGGAAGGGGACUACGACGACAACUUCACGAGGGAGGAAGAGCAGGCAGAGGCAAUCGCGUCUGCAGUACAAGAGAGCGCUCGGCAGCGCUCUCCUGAUCAGAGCGCUUCGAAAAGGAUGCUCACCCCUCCGCCCGAGGCACGGCAACUGCGUGCUCGCGACACGCGGACAGAGAAGGUUCUCGUCGUAGAUCUGGCGGCGAUGAUGACGAGCCCUUGGAUAAACGUCGCUUGCGCAGUCUUGCACAAGGCACCCUUGCGCUGGCGGCGACGGCACGAGCAGCGGUAGACGAAAGGCGACUUCGGGUAGAUAGCCCGCCACGCCGUCUCAGCCACGUCAGCGCAACCCGGGUGAUGACGGAGGGUCCGUCCACCGAGGCAGCGGGGGGCAAGUUGUGGCAGACGCGCUCGUAGUUGGGGGCGAGCCGGCAGGUGCUGCGGGUGCGGGUGCUUCAGGCACUGUAGCCCCCGUUGCGACGACGAGAGAGGAGGCAGCAGUUGUUGCGACGGCGAGAGAGGAGGCGCAUGGCAAGAACAAAACUGAUCGGGAUGG